UAGUGCGUACGCAUCGUUUCGCGUGGAUUUUUUUCGUUUGGCCGUUUUCCCUGCCUAGCUGUUUUUCUGAAAAUAAAAAUUUGAUGGCGAUUGAAUAGAAACCACCUUGGAUAUUAAGUACGGGCUCAAGUGCGGCGUGUCCUCUUCGUAGGCAAAACUAGUGUGGUGUCCGCGCGAAUUCGUGGGCGGCGGUUUGUUGUGUGCGGGAAGAGUAAAAAAAAAGAGUCCCCCUCAUUCAGGAUGAAGGCAAAGUGCAAAAUUCGCAUCUACUAGAAAACAAAAUUGGAUCAAGCCAAAAUAGUGAGCUGAGGAGGCAGACUUCCAUUUGAAUCUACUACGGUGGUGAGAAAGAGUGAGCUUUGAAAACACGGUGGAGUGAAAGAAGGAGCGGCGGCGGGUCGUCACCAGCAGCAGCAGCAGUGUGGAGUUCUCUUGUGUGCGGCGGAGUGUUUUGUUUCUUGACGAAGGGUACCCCGCACAAGGAGGGGGAACUUCGGGGCGUUUCUCCUCUGUGUUGAUAGUGGAUUGUGUAUGAUUUGAAAAAUUUAGUGAAAGGAAAUUCCUUCUCGAUUUUAUUCCUGUGUAUGGUUGAUACUUUGUUUUUGGAGUAAAAUAGCAUGAAUUUGUGAUUUUCAAUCAAUGAAAGAUUAUUGAAUGAAAUUUUCUUUACGUGGAAUACUAGUGCAAUUUUUAUAUUUCAACAAGAAAGUUCUGCAAAAGUGCGUGUGAUCUUUUAAACUAGCAAAAGUUUUAUUUUUAAUUCAAAGUUGCAAUCGCAAACAAUUGCAAUAUUUGAGCAAAUCAAGUGAAGAGAGAAGUUCGAACGAAUAUUGUGUCAACGUCGACGGCUGUUUGUUUUUCUUCUGGCAGGAACCGACAGAAUCAGCACAACAUCCAAAAUGGGCUGGGGAAUCGAACUUUGGGAUCAGUACGAGAACCUGGCGACACACACACAGAAAGGAAUUGAUUUUUUAGACCGAUACGGUAAUUUUAUUCGUGAUCGCAGUGCCAUCGAAGUCGAAUACGCCGGAAAGCUAAGGCGGCUCGUCAAAAACUAUCAACCAAAAAAGAGCAAAGAAGACGAAGAAAAUGAGUUCUCCUCGUUCCAAGCGUUCAAAUGCGUCCUCAAAGAGGUGGCGGACCUGGCCGGUCAGCGGGAAGUCGUCGCCGAAAACCUCCAGCUACAGGUCCUCCAAGGCAUCAGUCUAUUGGCCAAAAAUCUGCGCGAUGAGCGCAAAAAGUCCCUCAACGACGGCGCCCUACGCACACAGAACCUAACCAGUCAGAUAGCGGCCCUGGAACGGGCGAAACGAAACUACGAGAAAGCGUUCCGUGAGGCAGAAAAGUCCAUCGAAAGCUACCAGAAAGCAGAUGCCGACCUGAACCUGAGCAGGGCGGAGGUGGAAAAGCAGCGAAACAACAUGAACAUCCGCUGCGGUCAGUCGGAGGAUGCGAAAAACGAAUACGCCAACCAGCUGCAGAAGACGAACAAACUGCAGCAGACGCACUUCGAAACGUCGUUGCCAGAGGUUUUCAACCGAUUACAAGAGCUCGACGAGAAGAGAACACGAGGACUGAAGGAAUUCAUCAAAGGUGCAGCGGACGUCGAAUCGGCGGUGGCUCCCAUCAUUGCGAGGUGCCUCGAGGGCAUGGUCAAAGCAGCGGAUGCCAUCAACGAGAAGGAAGACUCGCUAAAAGUCAUAGAAAAGUAUCAAUCCGGCUUUCAACCUCCCGGGGAUUUGCCAUUCGAGGAUCUCUCGAAAGCGGACUCGGACACCUCCAACAACUCGCAGAACUACACCUCCACCAGCGGACUGAACCACCUCACGGCGAAGGGUACCACCACGAACAAGCUGAAAAAGCGGGUUGGACUCUUCGGAAUUUUCGCCAGCAACAAGAAGAUUGUUGAAGCCUGCAUCCAAGUGAAGAACAACCUCUCCACGGACGGUAUGAAGGAAGAUUUCAGUGACCUACCGCCAACGCAGAGGCGGAAAAAGCUACAGCAGAAGGUGCAAGAACUACAGCAAAAGGUAGCCCAGGAGCAAGCCGCCAGCGAAGGACUGAUGAAGAUGAAGGGAGUAUACGAGGCUAACUCGCUGCUCGGUGACCCACGGUCCGUCGAGGACCAACUCAACGAAUCGGUCAACAAACUGGACAAACUGCGAAUGGAACUGCAGAGGUAUCAGAAGCUGCUCGACCAAGCCAACAGUCAAACCAUCGUCCAACACAGUCCACAAGCGAACCGGGUGAUACAUAACGGGCAGCGGUCUUCCAGUCUCUCGAGUUACAGACAUUCCAACGGAAGCAAUCACGACCACCAUCAUGAUGACCACGGCGAUGAUCACCCAGAUCACGACGCUGGCAGUUUAAGCAGGUCAGCAUCAGAGAAUAGUGUACAGCAAGCGCAAAAUGGGCUUAAUAUUAACAAUAACGGUAGUUCCGCAAGUCCGGAAAGUGGCCUUGGAACGUCCCACACGUCACUUCCCGGUUCCGGUCAAGGAAGCACCAACGAUCAACCCAUCAACGACGAAAUGUAUUUCGAAGCGGAAGCUUUGCCACCGCUCGGAACCUGCAAAGCACUGUACCCAUUUGAUGCGACGAGCGAAGGAAGCAUUCCAAUGUCGGAGGGUGAGGAGUUGCUAGUGAUAGAACUGGACCAGGGUGACGGAUGGACCCGGGUGCGACGGUUAUGCGGUCCCAAUGGUUGGGAGGAAGGAUUCGUACCGACAAGCUACAUUGAAAGUACGCUGUAUGCGUAGUGUUGAUCACAACGCACUCUCGAUUCGAAAUGAUACGCAAGUCGCGAUAAUCUAAUCGUGUCGUGUUUUGCAAAAGCCAACCAUUCUCGUUAGCCACAAAUACAAAACACUGUAGAAAAGGUAUUGGUUGCCGGAUAGAGGGCCACAUAAAACUCCUGUAAAUAUCUAAAUAAAUUCCCUAAGGUAAGAAAUAAAACAAAAAAUCAAGAACACUGAGCUACUAUUCAUAAUAGUAUGGCAAACCACAAUGCAUUCAGAGAAGGAAACCUAACGAAAUCAAUUAACGUAUAAGGUCAUGAUAAAUUAUUACUUAUGUAUUCGUUCUGGUAUAUGUGCAAAUCGAAUCAGCUGUUAGCUGCUGCUUGAUUCUGUUCUGAAUGUUUCAGCUUUCUUUUACUGAGCGAUCCAACGAACGAACGAACUCCUUGGGUUCGUUUAGGCGUUACUAUAGAAAUUUGAUUAUUACAGUAUACUUUAACAUGCGAUAGUAGAACAAUUUAGGUUAGUUAUGUGACAAACCGGUCUGUUUUUUAUUCAAUUGAACGUGCGCGAGCGAAUGAUCGAGAUGAAAAGGGAUGCUAGGAUUGCAGACAACAAUGCUCAAAAGGAAUAAGAUUUAUUUUUGUUUUAUUAAUUUUGUAAAAUAGUGAACACUAAAUUCAUUAACUAAUCAAAGAGCGAACGAAGGAAUUGCCUGUCCAUUUCUUUCAAAAAUCGUCGCUAACAUUGCCAUUAAUCAUUAUAAAAAAGAGAAAACAAACAAAAUUUAGGAGAGUCAUUUAAUUUUCUUUUCUUCGAAAGAAAUCUUGCGUAUUAAAAAGCUUCACUCAUAUCUAUAAAUUACAUAGUAAUGGAAACAAAUGAAAAAAACAACUGUGUAUGACAAGCUACCUACUGAAAACAGAUGGAAAUAGAGCAUAGAGCAUUAUAUUGUUACAGAAGAAAAAAACAAACAUCAAUAGACAUUUCGCAUGAUAAUGGAAAUCUUACCUGAAUACACGCAGAGCGCUACUACAGCAGCAGUGCUUCAGAAUUAGGACUUCAGAAUGUUUCAAUCUUCAAUCUACGUUCCGCAACCUACAACAGACAUCUACUGCAUUGAAACUUGAAAUAAACUCAACUAUUAAAUCGAA